GUAGAACAACAGAAUGACGAAGAAGAGGUGAUUCUAUGGAAGCCAAAACCCAAGAAUACGAAGACAAAAAAGAGGGUCCCACAAGUAUUGUUAGAAGGGUAUGUAGAACCCUCAGAUGAUGAUGAUUUACCAAGAACAAAGAGUUUAAGCGAUGAUGAUCUUGAUGAGUUAAAGGGUUGUGUGGAUUUAGGAUUUGGGUUUAGUUACGAUGAUUUUCCUGAACUUUGCAAUACUUUACUUGCUUCGGAGCUUUGUUAUUCUAUGUCUCAGAAGUUUCUAGAUGAUCAUCAUGAUCAACAACAAAGUAGUAAUGUGAAAUCUGUUGGUGGGGUUUAGGGUUCUUCUGAUGCAGAAUCAAAUGUUGGGUCUGAAAGUUCUAGUCCUAUUCCCAAUUGGAAGAUCUUUUGUCCUGGUGAUCAUCCAGAAGAUGUUAAAGCAAGGCUAAAAUAUUGGGCUCAAGCAGUGGCUUGCACUGUUAAAUUAUGCAGUUGAAUUGUAACAUCAAACUGAUUUGAUCAAUUGAGCUAUAACAAUGUCCAUUUAGUCUUUUGAUUUGUUUUCGGGUACUAUGACUACCAUAUGAACCUGCUUGUGAUUCUUUGAAGGGGAAGAUGACCAUAGUAUGAAAAAGUUCAAAACUUUUCGAGUAAGUUUGAGAAGAUGGAUCAGAAUCGUUAAAGAAGGGACCAUGUCAGGUCUGAGAUUCAUUCAAAUACCAAUGACCAUCUGAAAUUUAAUCCUCAACCUGAAAUUAGUAGCUUGUGAGUGGUUCAUUUGAGCUAUUAGGUUGGUUUCGUGUCAGUUUAUAAUCGGGUUUUGUGUGCACAUUAAUUUUUGCAUAGUUUUAAAUUCUUUUUGAAGUCGGGUCAAGUCGGGUUCGAUUAUAUGGCCGGGUAAAUAUUGAAUCGUCGUGUCUGUUCUAAACACUUUUACUUGUGAAUUUUUUGUUAACAUAGAUGAAAUAUGUUCACUGAACUAUAUUUCUUCUUAUAUUGUCUU